GGCCCGGUCGCAGCAGCAGCAGCCGCCGCAGCAGCAAGCUCAUGAGGGAUGGUUUGUUUUUCUACUUAGUUCGACGCGACCAUUCAGCAGGAGUACAUGUGCCGAGCGGAUUAACAUUAAUUAUCAUUUUUAUUGUUGUUUGUUUAAUUAAAGCAACACACCAUACCGUACGGGGCAGUUUUCUGCGCGCAAAACGCUAAAACCGAGUGUGUGUGCCCCCCCCUGCAAACAGUGUCAGUGGCCACAGUUCGUUCGUUUGUUGUUGUGUGUUUUAAGCGGGGUUGUCUGCUCUCCCGGCAAGGAAAGGAAGUAGGCAGUAACAAGGGCCACUUUUCACGACGGUUUCGUGCCGUGGGUCCGUGCGAACGCGCUGCUCAGUUUCGCCGUCUGCGCGCCCAGUGAGAAAGGCUGCCAGCGUGUGCUCUCGUGCGUGAGCGUUUCGUGAACGUUGUAGCGUGGUGUCUCGUAAAGCUCCUCCAAGCCAACCUUCGGGACCCUUAGUGCGUGCGUGCUCUGAACGCGGUGUGAGAGAGAAAAAAAAAUUGCCACAAAAAAAAAGGCCCCACAGUGAGCAGUUGAACCAUUGCUGUUGAAGUCGUCGAAGGCGACGAACGCACCCUUGAAUGAUCCUCCGUGCGUGCGUGUGUGUGCUCCGUUAGUGUCCCCACCGUGAGUGAGUGAGUGUACGUGUGCUUGUACCCGUGUGCCCGUGUGUGUGUGUGUUUAUGUGCACGUGUAAGUGUGGUGAGUGUGGCACGGUUUGGUGCCUCACCGAGUCGAGAGGAAUUGCUGGACGGCGACGACAGCGUGCGUUCGGUCGUGCAGGAAACCAGACGUCCGAGCGUGACUAGCGCGAUACCCAGCAGCAACACACAUAUCCGCGCGAACCAGGUGGCAGACACAUGCUCAUCUAGCCCUGCCAAGCAGAUAAAACACGCGUUCCACAAUCAAUUCAACCAACCUUGGGCAGCAGGCGCGCAACCUCGAAAGGGAGCAAACGUCCGGAAAGCAGCCCGACAAGUCCUGAGGCCUGAAACGGUGCCACAAAAAGCAUUCAGUUAAAGCAACACAGUCAACGCGGACACCUUGCUUCCUCUUCGUGUGCGUACAGUGGUUUAUCGAUGUUGCAGUGAACUUAGCGUGCGCCGGUGUUUGUUCCAUCUUGCAUCCAAUGCUGGAUCGGCUAACUUUUCCGCGAGUGCUUACGCUGGUGCUUAUGAUAACAAUCGGUGCUUAAGUGUGCGCGUGUGUCUUCGUGUGUGUGUGUGUGUUCCUGUGGGUCAGCAAGAGCGGUGUCGGCAAGACACCCGCUGCCUGUCACCCGGACACAGGUGUUGAGGGGGUUUUGGAGUGCUUCCGAACGCCAACCCGCCACGCUUACGAUCCAAUCAACAUACACUACUAUCAAAGUGCCAUCACAGCGACGCUGCCUAAAGGCUUAGACGCAGCGCAACGACCGGAGAGCGAACAGCCCGUUACCGAACGCGUUACCGCGAACGCCGGCACCGUGAGCAGCUACGCGCACCAGUACGCGUCAGUUGGGGGUCGCUACUGUCAACAACACCCAUCCACCGUGGCGCUCCACUCGACCGAGGCCCUGAUGGCCGGCUUCCUCAAGUCGUCCGAUCUCGGGCCGCACCCGCACGGGUACGGGUCCGCCCACCAUCCGCACCAUGCGCAUCCGCAUGGACCUUUACCGCCCGGAAUGCCUAUGACAUCGUUAGCCCCGUUCGGUCUUCCCCACGGGCUAGAUGCUGUAGGAUUUCCGCAAGGUAUGUGGGGUGUGAACCCGCGAAAACAGCGCCGCGAACGGACCACCUUCACCCGGGCCCAGCUGGACGUGCUGGAGGCCCUGUUCGGCAAGACACGCUAUCCGGACAUUUUCAUGCGCGAGGAGGUGGCACUCAAGAUCAAUCUUCCUGAAUCACGAGUACAGGUAUGGUUCAAGAAUCGGCGUGCCAAGUGCCGGCAGCAGCUCCAGCACCAGUCCUCUUCGAAUCUCAACAGCAGCAAAUCGUCCGGCGGCGGUUCGACCGGCUCGGCGCGUUCGGGCCAGUCCGGCGGCAACAGCGGACCGUCCGGCAGCCAGUCCGGCUCGUCCGGCGGCACCGGCAGCAACAAUGGCAGCCACGGCGGCACCAAAAGCUCGAUAGUGAACGCCAACAACAAGCCGACGAUCAAGCACACGCCGAUGAACAACAGCCACAACGGUAGCGGGCCCGGCACGGGCAGCAAUGGCGGCGGCGGUGCGGGCAGCCAGUCGAACCCGGCCGGCCCCAGCCAUAACGGGCCGCUCGGGCUGAGCCACAGCAACGCGUCACCGAUACUGCCGAUCACACCGUCGACCUCCGUCAGUCCGCCGAUCAACGUGAUCUGCAAGAAGGAGCAACCCUCGUCCUACCAUCACGGGCCGGCCGGUGGCGGCGGCGGCGGCGGCGGCAACGAGCCCUCUGGCAUGAAGCCGACCGGGUACGACCUGCUGAAGGACUCGGAGCUCAACCUAGCGCACCAUUCGUCCUCCGCCUACGUCAACAUCAACACGCGGCUAGGGCAGUCGCUCAGCUCGGUCGGCGGCGGCGUCGGCGGCGGCGGCGGCGGCGUGGGCAGCGGCGGCGUGGGCGUUGGCGGCAACGGCAACGGGGGGCUCGGCGGCGUCGGCGUCGGGGUGGGUGGCGGGCUCGGCAACGGCCCGUCCGCCGGCAAUCUCACGCCGCUCGGCUCGAACUCCUCCAUCAUGACGACGCCGUCGCCCCCGAUCACGCCCCAGACGUCCCACAAUCCGCUGUCGUACGUGCCGAACCACGAGACGUACAACUUCUGGCACAACCAGUACCAGCAGUACCCGAACAACUACAACACGCCGUCCUACUACAGCCAGAUGGACUACUUCCAGAACCAGAACCAGGGCAACUACAACAUGGGCCACACCGGCUACACCACCUCCGCCAACUUCGGGCUCGCGUCCACGUCCGCGCUCGCCGGCCCGAUGGGCACGCAAACGUUCAGCCCGAACGGGCUCGACUACAUGAACCCGCAGGACAAGUACGUCAACAUGGUGUAAGCGGGCUGGCUGGACAGGCAGCGACGACGAGCGACGAUCACAUCCCAUAUCACACAAUCCCUCACAUAAAAGGACUGGUCACUGAGGAACACACACACACACACACACCGCGGCGACGGAGGAUACCUGUACCGGCGGCUCUACUAGCUUCAACACACGCCACACACACCCACACACACACUCUUGAAGAGUGGAAUACACGCAGCACGCAGGCAUCUGCCACUGCCGGUGAGCUAACACGAGCAGAUCAUAUCAAAACCG